GUUCGAUACUUAUUCGAGAACGAUAUAAAUUAUUAGCCCGCCGUCUGUUUCCCAGCUCGUCGACGUCUUCUCCUCUCCCCACGAACACGACGAGUACGACGACGGCCACGCCAACCGCGACGCGCAAGACCGACGACGUCCGGUUCCACCUCCCAACAUGUCGUUCGACACAAACUACACCGAGCCCUGGGCAGGCUACCUCGUCCAGGCGCAGGAGCAAAUCGCAUCGGCCUCCCUCUCACGUCUCGCCCUCCUUUUCGUCAUCAAUAUACCCGUUAUUGCCGUCGUGCUGAACGUUUUAUACCAGUUGCUUCCUCGUGACCCGUCGUCUCCUCCGUUAGUGUUCCACUGGAUACCAUGGUUUGGCUCAGCAGCUCAAUAUGGUCAAGACCCUGUCGAGUUUUUUGUGUCCUGUCGUGAAAAGUACGGCAACGUCUUCACGUUUGUGUUGCUCGGCAAGCGCGUCACCACCACCCUCGGUCCCAAGGGCAAUGACUUUGUCUUCGGUGGCAAGCACACUGUCGUCGCGGCAGAGGAGGUCUAUUCGUCUCUGACGACCCCUGUGUUUGGCAGCGAUGUCGUAUACGACUGCCCGAACGAGAUAUUGAUGGAGCAGAAGAAGUUUGUGAAGGUGUCGCUCACGACGGACAAGCUCCGCGAGUACGUUGGGAUGAUCGACGACGAAGUCACGCAAUUCAUGGACGUCGAGCCGACCUUCCGCGUCUUCCAGACUGGUAGUACGGAUGAAUGGGGCGCCUUCACCGCGUACAAGACGCUGGCGGAAAUGACGAUCCUCACUGCCUCACGGACUUUGCAGGGCAAGGAGAUUCGGGAUGGCAUGUCCAAGGGUUUCGCUGACCUGUACCAUGACCUCGACCACGGGUUCACGCCGCUUCACUGGAUGUUCACGAACCUCCCGCUCCCGAGUUACUGGAAGCGGGACGACGCGCAGCGCAAGAUGACCGAGUUUUACCAGGGUAUCAUGAACAAGCGUAGGGAGGGCAACCCGGACGACUAUGAUGACGUGAUGGCUUCCCUGAUGAGGCAGAGCUACCGCGAUGGCCGGACCCUUCCAGACCACGAGAUCGCGCAUAUCAUGAUCGCUCUUCUCAUGGCCGGCCAACACACAAGUUCAUCAUCGACCUCGUGGGUUCUCCUGCACCUCGCCGACCGUCCUGACAUUGCCGAGCAGCUGUACCAGGAGCAGGUUGAACACUUCGGUCUCCCAGGAGGCGGCUUCCGCGAGAUGACGUACGAGGACAUGAGGUCGCUGCCUAUUCUCGACGCCGUCCUUCGGGAAACGCUCCGCAUGCACUCGCCCAUCCACAGCAUCAUGCGGUACGUGCGCAGCGACCUGCCCGUGCCACCUUCGCUCGCCGCGCCGUCAGAGGACAACGUGUACGUCGUCCCCAAGGGCUACACCGUCCUCGCGUCGCCCGCACUCAGCCAGCUCGACCCGCUCAUCUGGAAGGACGCGAACGUGUGGGACCCCAGCCGGUGGUUCGACGUGACGGGCUUCGCAGCGCAGGCGCGGAAGGAGUACGACGAGAGCUCGAAGGUAGACUUCGGCUUCGGGCUGGUCAGCAAGGGCACGGACAGCCCGUACCUCCCCUUCGGCGCGGGCAGGCAUCGGUGCAUCGGCGAGCAGUUCGCGUUGCUGCAGAUUGGCGCGGUCGUCACGACGAUGAUCCGCAAAAUUGAGAUGCGCAUCGAGGGGCCGUUCCCCAAGCCCGACUACACAUCGAUGAUGGUCACGCCCCAGCAGCCCUGCGACAUCCUGUACCGCCGAAGGAAGUAGAAUCAUAGACACUGAUUUAAUCGACAUAGCUUAAGGAAAGUAGUACAGACACUUGUAAUCGGUUCAACCUGGGUUCAAACGUUAACGUUUAGCGUUUACCUCUGACUGUUGGCCAAGUGCUGGUUGUGCGUUGGUCAGCAAUGGCCGCGGGUGCGAGGGUGCGGGGUCGAAACCCACCGUCGACGUCACUGCUUUCUGCCCACAUGCACGUAACACAUGAGGAACGUUGUUGAGGCGUUCAAGUACUUGAUUUACAGCAAACCACCAUCACGGACGAGGCGUCUCACCAUGGGGUAUGUACAUGAAUCUUCGCCGUAAACGCAAGUGGGAAUCAGUACAUUCGCAAUUAUUGGGGAUGAGUAGACCUACUCUUUGGCGCUGACUACGAAGGGCGAACGACAACUGUGCUGCAGCCAUCCAUAUGCGCGCACGCUGAAGCGCGUAAGUAACUAUGUAGAACUGGCGAAAAUGCGU